AUGUCAAGCCAAAUUGCCGGAAUAGAGGAUAAAAUUGACGGACUGACGAUCAACGAAAGUAGAGGAGACGUGCGACGCAGCCUCCAGGGCGAGAGUAUUGCUGAAGAUUUUAACGUUGAGGUCAAUGGAUGCAGUGUAAAUGCAAGGGGAUCCCUCCAAGUGAACACUGUCAUGUCGGCAGCCAUCAAGCAGAUUCUUGCAGAUGGCACCAUGAAACGCAUCAAGGAAUACAAUGCUGGCUUCCCUGGUGGUUCUUCAGCUACAGUUGCAGAUCCUGACAUGUGUCUGGCUGAAUGGGAUCGCAUGGAGCAACCCGUGGGAAUCUUGGCCAAAGCCAUGGGUGAAGGAACGUUCAAGUGGUGCCUUCCUGAGCUUGCUAUUGGUUCACCAGAUGCAAAUUAUGUUGCUGUUGCUGAGGAAGACAAUCCAUUGCAAGGAAUUUCUACUGGUGAUUAUUGGGGAGUCUGGAUUGACACCAGCAACUCCAUCACGAUUGCCAUGUCCAAGAUUCUUCACAGGCCACUUUCUGCGGAAUUUGUUCUUGUUCCAAAUGUCAAUGGUUGGAUGGAUGAUUUGACAGAGGCUCUGACCAAUGGGGACUGUUAUGCAGUGCCUGACAUUUUCUUCAGGACGCCACCAAGGGAACAAGUAUUUGAUUACACCUGUUUCACCCUGGGUGCCUCCAAGCUUGGCUAUGGCGCACAAUCCUUGGCAACAAUUGACAUUUCCUCCAUCAUUGCCAAUCAGGGAGAUGGAUUUACCAUUUGUGGUGUACCUGGAUCCCUUCAAGCUGGUCUUCUUGAAAGGUCCUUCCCAAAUGCUACAUUGGUCGAAGUAGCUUCUGUCCCUGACAUGACUAGGGGUGUUUGCGAAGGUGUUUGUGAUGUUGUGGUUGAUGACUUGGACAAUUUUGAGAGGUUUUCUGCAUCUUAUUCAGAAUGCAGUGGUCUUGCAUUUGGCGAGGCAGUCACUAUCCCAUACACAAGCUCUGGUGGCGGCGUAGCUCCCUUCACGCUUCGUACAUUCUGUUAA